AUUUGUCAAGGUGCACUGCUUCUGAGCCUGGCAGCUGCCAUGGCGGUAUAUGCAGACAUGAAAGUGGACUGUGGGCCAGAUUUUGUGACGCUGAUGUGGACAGAAAGCCGACCCCAGGCCGACACGUCGCUUCUCCGUCUGGGUAGCUGUUUCCCAACCAGCUUCUCAGCAGGAGAGGCCUACUUCUAUGUGGAUCUCACUGACUGUAACUUUAGGAGACUGGUCACCGGGGAUGCACUGGUGUACAGCAAUGAUCUGACCUACAUUGCUUCUGCAGAUUCUUACAAUUUGGCCUUCACCCACCCAGUUGUCUGUGCAUAUGAGAGGCCCAAAGACUGGUAUGCUGCGAUCUAUGACCCGGUGUUUAAAACCUACAGUCUAGGAGAUCUGCAGUUUAACAUUGGCCUUAUGAAUGACGACUUCUCAGGCCCUGCUGAAUCUACACGCUUUCCUCUGGGCUCCAUCAUCCCCAUCAUGGCUAGUGUGGUGCAGGAGACCCAUCAGCCCUUGCUGCUGCUUCUUGAGGAAUGUGUAGCAGCUACCACACCAGAGCUGUACCCUGAAAGCACCAUGUACCCUAUAAUCUCCAAUAAAGGAUGUCUUUUGGAAAGUGUGUCGUCACGAUCAAAGUUCGAACCAAGGCAAAAGUCAUCGGAGAUCCGCCUAUCACUUCAGACCUUUACGUUUGCUAUGGGAGAAGAGGUCUUUAUCCACUGCAAACUUUUGGCUUGGGAUCCCAAUGGUCUUGACAGCACUAAGAAAGCCUGCCACUUUGUCGAAGGGCAUGGUUGGGAGUUGCUGGACAACUUGGCCCAGAGCAAUCUUUGUGACUGCUGUGAAUCGAAAUGCAAGUCAAGGAGGCAGAGGAGUGUUGCGUCGGAGAAACAUGGAAUGGUACAAAAAGCAGUCAUUGGGCCAUUUACCAUCACAGAUGUGAAUUCCUGAAGAAGAAGAAAAUGUGCUGGAAGAGGUUUUGAUGAAAGCAGUAAAAGAGAAGUUGGCUGAAGAAGUCAAGGAGAAAACCUGAGAUAAGCCAUGGAAUGAGUAUAAAGGGACUGCCAGAGCGCUGUUUGACGAGGCCAUGGCGCAACUGAUCAAUUCUUAAGAGGAACAGCCAGGAGCAUGUGAACGAGAACCAGGGCAUUCCAGUAAACUCUUCCUACCAGCAGGUGGAUCAAACAGGAAAAGGAAUUUGGUCUUUGUAAUUAACCCUACACCAGUCAUCCGUGUUUCACCAAAAAUACACGCACUUUUAAUCAAGUAACUGAAUAAAUGUCUGUGCUCACAAUUUCACAACAAGAAGAUAAUUAUAUUUCUCUCUAAUGAUAAUCUUUUAUAUUUUAUAUUUUCUGAAUUGAAGAUUAAGAUAUCUCAAAUAGUGAUGAAGCUAAUAAUGUUGAAUGAUUUUUAUUUAUUUGUCAGAAUGCAAUGUGAUCAAUUUUAUAUUUUUAAACUUUUUAUUUUCUCAACAGAUAAUUGAGAUGUAUUAAAAUGUUUGUACUCCACUGGAUUUAUAAUAUCCUAAAAUAAAUGUCACGCAAGCUUGUUGUCAG